AUCGUGAGUUUGUGCCCGAGUCGUCAGUAGACCUUCAGCGGUCGUCACGAUCGGUCGUUUUCGUUUGUGCGCGUGUGCGUUCGUGUCAAGUUGAGCGGGAAGCGCCGCAACCUCACUCCGGCUUGGGGACCCCUGGAAAGAGCUGUGGCAAACACGAAAAAAUAGAGUAAAGCCUUGCGUUGUGUGUGGGCGGGUUUUUGGAAAUUUUAGGAAGUGGCAGUGUGCGAUUAUUUUAAAAUCAAGAUAACAAAAAAGCAGUGAGCGGAAAAAAGCAUUGAGGAUUUGAGGGUCCCACCGCAGUCAUCAGAGAGAGAGAGAGAGAAGGAGCGAGCGAGAGAGCAAUAUAAACCGACCAAGGAUUACGGUGAAUUGCUAAGUAAGAAGGUGUUCACCCGGCCCGGCCUGCCGCCGUCGUCGUCCGCAACCAUGGAGGCCCAGACGGCCCUGGUGCUCACGAUCCAGCUGAUCGCGCUGUUCUCGAUUGCCGGCGCCCUGCUGCUCUACCUGCUGUGCAAGGUGCGGGGCGGCACCCGGAACGAUGGCCACGGUCCCGCCCAGAUGGGGUCGAUCCUGGUGACGUGCGCCGACACCGCACUGGGACUACAGAUUUGCACCUUUUUCGCUAGCAAAGGCCACCGGGUGUUUGCCGGCAUGAAGGAUCCCGUGGAAUCCUUGCCGGCCAAGCUGCUCAAGGGUUGGAUGAAGAUGCGCGAGAACUCGGACACGCCCGUGCCCGGCUCGGUGGUGCCGCUGCGGAUCGACGUGACUCGGGAGGAUAUCCUGCGGGAGGCCGCCGAAGCGAUGGGAAUCCACCUGAACGCGGGCGAGCGGGGCAUUCUGGCCGUGAUCAACACCGCGGGUUCGGUGUACCGCGGCCGGAUCGAUUCGCAGGACUCGCUGCAGUGGGAGAACAUGUUCAAGAACAACGUGAUGGGCUGCCUGCGGACGGCCCGGGCCUUCAUUGGACUGCUGAGGCCGACCCGGGGCAGGUUGAUUCUGCUGGGGUCGGGCAACGAGGACGACGGGCUGACGGUUUUCACGGCCACCCGGAACGCGGUGCAGGGCUGUGCGGACGCCCUGCGCAAGGAGCUGAAGCCGUACGGAGUGAGUGUGGUCACGCUGGACUCGCGCGGAGUGCCGGCCGAGGCGCUGUUCAAGGCACCGAUACCGUACACCAUCUCCGACGAGGAAGGCGUCCCCACGCAGUACAGUGCCGACGUGUUGACCAGCUCCGCCCUGGGCGUGAUCGAGCGCGCCAUGUACGAUACCCGGCCGAGCGAGUCGUACUGCCUGUCGGUGCCGAACGCCAAGUUCCAGGUGAAGCUGCCCUGCCGGUCGUCCUUCAAGAUCACCGGUGGCAGUGGCAGCAGCACGCCGCCCAAGCAGGAAUCGAAACCGAUCCAGAACGUCUAGAAGAGCUGCUUUUCCGGGCUUGGUCCCACCCCCCCUUCAAUGCGAACAAAAUUUGCGAGAGCGAGAGAUUUCAAAAAGUGCCUUUUUUAUUACUAUUUUUUCAAACAAAACCCGUUAUUAUAAUUAUGUUUUUGAUGAUUACAAUCGCGGAUGGAUGCUGCGUGACUUAGUUUUACUGGAAUUUAAACACGUGCGAGCACACAAAGUGCAACGGCUUUGUAUAAAAAUAAGCAUCGUGAAACGAUGGCUGGAAAAUAGGAUUUCCAAUUUAGCUGUUGGUGAGUUGUGUGUGUGUGGUGCGCGAGUGCUUUUCGUAAGAAAAUGAGAACAAAUGCUACACAAAAUUGCGGCUUCUGUACUGUAAAGUUUUGUUUUAAGUCUUACCGAUUGUCCUUUUAUGUGUAAAAUACUGAGAGAAUAAAAAACGAAUUAUUACUUCUAUUA